AUGGCUACUUUUGGCUCAGGUUCCUCCUCAACUAGUCCAAUAAAAAAGAGGUCCCGUAAUAUUCAAAAUAGUGCAUUUUCUUUUGGGUCUACACCUAAAAAGCUGACUCAUGGGGCACCAGGAACCCCAACCAAAGUUGAUCAGAACAGCUCUGCAAUUGUAAGCGAGGCCAUUCUACCUCAAGAUUUGCCAGGAAUUGGUAGUUCACUAAGAAUUAAGUCUAGUACCCUCCAAACAACAUUUCCUGUUGUGUCUACACCAACAAAACCUAUUAAUAGCGCUCCAGGAACCCCAACAAAGGAUCCAGGAUUCUCCCAGAGCAUAAAUUUAGAUUCAACUAUUGCUGCUCCUGCUGUUGUGACUCAAGUAGAUCAGUCUCUUAUUUCAAAAUCCCCUUCAGUUUCUUCCAUCACUAGGAAUUUGCAACUUUGUUUUGAUAAAGUUUCUGACACAAGUCAACAAAAAUUUCCUUCUUCUCCUGCUUUUAGUUCUUUUGGUUCUCAAAGGAAAGGCAGACUCUCCCUCUCCCAACAAAGUUGUAGCAAAAAUAAAGCAGUGACAGCUAUUCCUUUGGUCAGAGAUGGAGAUUAUGUGUCUUCUCAUGUUAAAUUGAAUGAGAAUAAAGUAACUAAGGUUGUAAACUCUCUGGUUCAUAACAUAGACAUAUCGUCUGAUGAUGUUCAUUCAGAUUGCUCUUUAUCCCCUGAUUUCAAGAAGAAAAAGAAAAAGAAGUUGAGUGAUCAAAAGAAAGCAGCAGAACCAGUGUCUGAUAAACAGCAGGAGAGAACAAACCGACAAUCUGAAACAUUUUCCUGUGCUCAAUGCCAAAGUACAUUCUCUAGAAAAGACAAUUUAUUGCGCCACAAGAAAAUAUGUUUUGUAUCUUCAAAGAAAAAGAGUAAGUGUCUGUUUGCUGACUGUGAGCAAAAAUUUUUCCAGAGAGGGCCAUUGAUUGCACACUUAAAAGAAAAACAUGAUCAAAAGAUUGUUCCUUCUAAGACUUUUCAUUUUGAGUCAGAAAAAGCUUUUAAUUUGUGGAAAGAUGAUGAGGAAGUCAGAUCCUUUUCAUAUUUUUCAAAAAAUUCUGGUGCAAAGGGUAACAAAAUUUACUUAUACUGCCAGCAUGAUGGGUCAGGUAAAGCCCACAGGAGGCAGUCUGAACCUGAUCGGAAGACCUCCAGGAAGGUUCGGAUUGGUCAAAUCAAAACAGGAAAUAUCUGUAUUGCCCGAAUGAUUGUAACCCAUUUUGACACUGGAAAUGUAGAGGUAAAGUACUUUGCCACACACAGCCAUCCACUAAGCAGGCAUGAUUUUGCCCACCACCCACCCACAACAGAAAAAAAUGAAGAAAUCAAUAGCAAAAUUGCUUUAGGUGUUCCUGCCUUAAAAAUUUGGGAAACUGCAAUCAACUGA